AGUCUUAAUAUUUAAGGAUAAUUGCCAAUAUUUGUCAGAGUUUUCAUUUCAUAUAGUAAAACAAUUCACGUUUAAAAAAAGCUAAAUGCAAGUUGUCAGUAGUGCAUUUGGUAUUUAUAAAAUAUAAACAAAACGAGAAGUUUGAUAAUGCUUGCCGGUCGUUUGCUUGCUCGUGUGAGCCGCCAUCGGGCAUGUUUGGCCACUAUUGGAAAUGGGUCACUGCCCCAAAGACUAAUUAGUCAAGCGAUCUUGCCUAGGACACCGAUAACAGUCGCAAAUUCCAACAUAUUUCAAGGAACUAAUGCAAACCGGUGGCUUUCCAGCAGUCAAAUCGAGACUGAAUCCAGUUUGGAUAGUGCCACCUACGAGCGGGUCUGUUCCGACACCCUAGAUGCCCUGUGCGACUACUUCGAAGAGCUGACGGAGAACGCUUCCGACCUGCAGGGCACCGAUGUGGCCUACGGCGAUGGCGUGCUCACCGUGAAUCUGGGACACAAGUACGGCACCUAUGUGAUCAACCGGCAGACACCAAACAAACAAAUUUGGCUCAGUUCGCCUACCAGCGGUCCCAAGAGAUUUGACUUUGUAGGCACUGUGACAGCAGGCCGGUGGGUCUACAAGCAUAGUGGUCAAUCGUUGCACGAACUGCUACAGCAGGAGAUACCUGGCAUACUAAAGGCCCAGUCCGUGGACUUUCUGCAAUUGCCCUACUGUAGUUGAAUCGUGAUUAGUUUAAUUCCGCCAUAAAAAGUCUGUUAAAGCGUU